AUGACUGCUCAAACUGUUUUCAUUUCUGGUGCAACUGGAUUCAUUGGUCAACAUAUUAUCCAGCAAUUGUUAAAAAAGGGAUAUCACGUUGUUGCUCAAGUUAGACUGACUUCAAAAGGUGAUGCUUUAGUCAAGGAUUUCAAGAGUAAGAACUUAUCUUAUGAAAUUGUUGAAGUGUUGGAACAAGAAGGUGCUUAUGAUGAAGCCUUAGCUAAACAUCCUGAAGUUACAGCUUUUAUUCACACUGCCUCUCCUGUUUCAUUUGACGUUGAAGAUAAUGAAAGAGAUAUUUUAAUCCCCGCAAUUGCUGGUACUAAGAAUGUUCUUGCAUCUAUUAAGAAAUCAGCUCCUCAAAUUAAAAGAGUUGUCGUCACCAGUUCUGUUGUUGCUGCUUCUACUUUCUCAGAAUUAGAAGAUCCAAAAUAUGUUGGUGGUGAAACUAGUUGGUUAUCAACUACUUAUGAUGAAGGUAAAUCUGCUGAUUCUCAAACUGCUUAUGCUGUAUCUAAGAAAUAUGCCGAAUUAGCUGCUUGGGAAUUCGUUAAGGAAGAAAAACCCAACUUUAUUUUAUCAACCAUUUUACCGGGUUAUGUUUUUGGACCUCAAGUUUUUGAAGAAUCAGUAGCAAGUUUAAACCUUACUGCUGCUUUUCUUGCUAGUGCCUUACAAUUGAAAAAAGAUGAUCCAAUUCCAGUUGCUGGUGGUCUUAGUGUUGAUGUUCGUGAUAUUGCAAAAGCACAUAUUCUUGGAUUUGAAAAGGAAGAAACUGCAGGUAAGAGAUUAGUUGUUUCAGCUAACAGAUUUUUAUUUCAAGAAUUUGUUGAUAUUAUUAGAAAAAACUUCAAAGACUUGGCUGAUAAAUUACCUGUUGGAAAUCCUAUUCCAGCUACUUAUUAUGAUCAUUAUAAUAAAUAUGAUGAUACAGAAUCGAAAAAAGCAUUAGGCUUUGAAUAUAUUCCAUUUGAAAAGACUGUUGUUGACCAUAUUAGUCAAAUUUUGGAUUAUGAAAAAAAGAAAUAG